AUGCCCGGGAUCGCUGUCCCAAGAGAGCAUAAACAGCGCCGCAUAAGCAAGGUGGUUACUGUGCGCAAAGGUCUCGGCAGCGACCAAGAUGACACCGACGAUGACGAUGAAAACAAGCCCAUUGACCUGAGUUGGCCCAGCGGUUUCCGGAAGCGAGUGACCUACAUCAUCGUGGCUCCUCUUAUCAUACCCCUGUGGCUCACCCUGCCAGACACCCGCACGCCCAGAGGGAAAAAAUUCUUCUUCGUGACCUUCAUCGGCAGCAUCAUCUGGAUCGCCUUCUUCUCGUACCUGAUGGUGUGGUGGGCGGGGCUGGUUGGCGAGGCUAUCUCCAUUCCCCCUGAGGUAAUGGGCCUCACAGUCCUGGCUGCAGGUACCUCCGUCCCAGACCUGAUCACCUCUGUCAUCGUGGCCAGGAAGGGCUUUGGGGAUAUGGCAGUGUCCUCUUCUGUAGGCAGUAACCUCUUUGAUGUGACUUGCGGCCUGCCUAUCCCAUGGCUGUUGUAUGCCUUAGUUCAAGUGAUCCAAAAUUAUGCGAAUGAAAGGCCAAACCCCUGGUCAGUGGAUCCCAUUUAUGUAAACUCAGAGGGCAUGGCAUGCUCCAUUCUGCUGCUCUUCACCAUGCUCAUGUUUGUCAUUAUCUCCAUUGCUUGUUCCAGGUGGAAGAUGGCCAAAGGUCUUGGCUUUGCAAUGUUCUUCCUCUACUUUGUAUUUGUUGGAGUCUCUCUCAGCUUUGAGUAUGAUGUCAUCGCAUGCAUAAUCUGAGAUGCCUGGGGCCAAAUUUUCUACCACUGUGCGAGUGCAUUUGUGUGCGUGUUUGUUUGUGUAUAAAUA